AUGCGUCUCGCUCUUCUAUCUACAGUAUUUUCGGGUGCAACUUCGGCGGCUACCCAUAUAUAUGCGGCAUCCUAUGCAGGCACUGUGACUACUCUGUCUUCACAGAGCAAGAAUGGAAGCUAUUCGCUGUCAAAGGUUGCCCAGUCUAAUGACUGUGGAAUCAGUCCAUCGUGGUUGAUGUUGAAUAGUGAGCACAACUUGAUGCUCUGUCUCAAUGAAGGAAUAGGGGCUGCAAAUGGUAGUCUUACUUCCUUCAGAACAAAUUCCAAUGGGUCUCUGACCACGCUGGAUGUCCUUGAAACCCUUACUGGCCCCGUCAUGUCGUCUGUCUACACCAUACCUAGCAACCCUCAGCAGCGAUUUGUUGCCGUUGCACACUACGAAGCGUCCGCUGUCACAGCCUAUACAUGGAAUUCCUCAACCGGUCACUUAGCCCGAACUCAGACUUUCACAUAUCAAAUGCCUGCCUCUGGUCCAGUGCCCGACCGACAAGAUGCUUCUCAUCCACAUGGCGCCAUCGUUGACCCGACUGGUCGCUUUGUGCUGGUUCCUGACUUGGGCAUGGAUCGGAUCCAUAUAUUUGAGAUCUCUCCGUCAGAUGGCCGCCUUCAGCCCCAGGCGCCGUUGCUAGUAAAGCCUGGAUCGGGUCCGCGACAUGCUGUGUUCUGGACACCUAGCUCAAAAGCUGUAUCUAUUCAUGAUACUGUGAUGUAUCUUGUCUCCGAGCUAGAUAAUACCUUGAGUGCAUUCAAAAUCCGCUAUACCCGGAAUGGCCUGGGCUUUACCAAGGUUUUUGAAGAGAGCACAUAUGGUGAAGAGGCUGCACCCGAUGGCUCGAAGGCCUCUGGAAUCCAGAUCACGCCCGGAAAUGACCAUAUUGUGGUCUCAAAUCGCGGCGACGCUACUUUUGGCAAGCAAAUUGACUCAUUUGCUGUCUUCAAAUGUGCUCGUUUCCACGGAAGCAAUGCCACGAAUGUCUCAUUUGUCGGCUUGUUUCCUGCGUAUGGGCCCUUCCCCCGAGAAUUUGAUUUUAACGGCAACAAUGGAAACAUUGCUGUGGCCUUGCAAAACAGCCAUGAGGUUGCUUUGAUUGAAGGUAAUGCACAAACUGGUGGCCCAGGAAAGCUUCUCAGCAAAAAGACCUUAGAUGGGGAAAUUCCUAUCGCAAUCUGGGGUCCCUGA